UCAUUUUGUUACGAACAUGUAAUGGCGUCGAGUUCAGGGAACCUGCGAAGACAAAGUAAAGAUCCCCCAGACAAGGAAGCCAUUAACAUGACUGGUGUGAGUGAUUUGAGGAUUGUUCUUCUGGGGAAGAAUGUAGCAGAAAACAGCAGAGUGGGAAACUUCAUCUUAGGAAGAGCAGUGUUUGACAGUGAAACUCCUGCUGAUGUAAAGCUACACACAGAGAAACACAGAGGAAAACUGAAGGAUAGAGACGUCAGAGUCAUCAACGCUCCUCAACUGCUGCAACCACAUCGGUCAGUCUCUCAGAUCACACAGGGAGUGAAAGAGUGUGUGGAUCUGUCUGCUCCUGGACCUCAUGUCAUCAUUCUUGUCCUGCAGCAGAACGACUUCAGUAAGAAUGACAGAAACAGAGUGAAAUAUGUGCUGAAUGUAUUCAGUUAUGAGGCUCUUAAACACACUAUAGUGUUGAGUAAUGAUGAAGAUAUACACAAUGACAUAAUUCAUCAAUUCAUAAAAGAGUGCAGAGGUGGACAUCUUCAGUUCGAUGAAAGACAAUCAGGAUUGCACUCUGAGAUACUUGAAAGAGUAGAGAAGAUUCUCAAAGAAAACCAGGUCCAAUUUCUUAUCUGUGACUUGUAUGAGGAAGCAGGAGAAGCAUCAGAGGAUGAAGAGCAGAGAUCUGGAGUUUCAGUCACAGCGGAAGAAGAGGGAGAUCUUGAUCUUGAAGAUGAUGGAAAAAUCAAACAGAGCAACAAAGAGAAAAAGGAAGUUGCUUUCCAAAGAAAUAACUUGUUGGCAGAGAGUGCCUGCGCUUUGCCGAAGCUGAAUGUGGUUCUGUGUGGGAGUGACGGAACAUUAAAAGCCUCCAUAUCAAACCUCUUCCUGGACCAGAGAGACAGAAGACCCGAGCUCAGCUCAGAGUGUGUGAAGCUGGAAGGAGAAGCUCAUGGACGUCUGAUCACUCUGGUGGAGCUUCCAUCUCUGACUCGACUCUCACAGAAGGAUGUAAUGCAUCAGGCUCUUCGCUGUGUGUCUCUCUGUGAUCCUGGAGUUCAUGUUUUCCUCCUCAUUAUUCCUGACGGUCCACUUACUGAUGAAGACAAAACAGAAACAGAGGAGAUCCAGAAAAUAUUCAGCUCAAAGAUCAACAACCACACCACGGUCCUCAUAAUCCAGAAGUCAGAGCAUGAGACAGAAGAACUGAAUGAUGCAAUGAAGUCUGUCAUUGAGUGUUUUGGGGGAAGACAUCAUUUCCUUGGUCCAAACCCACAAGUGUCCGUGUUGGUAACUAAACUGGAGCAGAUGAUGGAAGAAAAUAGUGGAAUUUGUUUUUCCACAGAAACAUUUUUGGAUGCACAAAUAGAGAAAUUUGAAGAAAUGAGGAAGAAAAUAAUCUCAUUAGAGACACAGAUUCAACAGCAAGAUUCAAGAGAGGUUUCGGAUGAUGUGAGGAUUGUCCUGCUGGGAAAAACUGGAGUUGGGAAGAGUGCAACAGGAAACACCAUCUUAGGGAGAGAAGUAUUUAAAGAAGAUUUGUCUCAAGAGUCCAUUACUAAAGAGUGUCAGAGAGAGACGGCUGUAAUUGAUGGAAGACUCAUUACUGUGAUUGACACUCCAGGACUGUUUGAUACUAAACACAGUCAUGAAGAGAUCCAGACAGAAAUCAGCAACUGCAUCUCCAUGAUUCUGCCUGGACCACAUGUGUUUCUGUUACUGAUACCACUGGGAAGAUUCACUCAGGAGGAGGAAAACGCUAUCAAGAUCAUUCAAGAGACUUUUGGUGAAAACUCACUAAUGUACACUAUUGUGCUCUUCACCAGAGGAGAUGAUAUAAAGAAGAAGACCAUUGAAGAUUAUCUGGGAAAAACAGGAUCUGCUUUGAUGAACCUAAUCGGACAGUGUGGAAACAGAUAUCAUGUGUUCAAUAAUAAUGAGACUGGAGACCGUGUGCAGGUGUCUACAUUACUGCAGAAAAUCAAUGACAUGGUGACAGCAAAUGGAGGAAGUUAUUACACAUGUAAGAUGUUCAAGCAGAUGGAAAAAGAAAAACGAGAAGCACAGAUGAAGAUGCUAAUGGACAAAGUGGAACAACUGAACAGAGAGAGAGAAGAACUGCUGGUCAAACAUGAAGAAGAGAAUAAGAAAUUGAAGAUGAAUUUGAAGAAAGAUGGAAAGAAUCAUGGUGCAGAGAAGAAGAGAAGCGACAAAGAAGAAUUAAAAAAGAUUGAAGAACAAUACAAAACAAAACAAGAGAAACUGGAGUGCAUGGAGAGCUUACCAGGUUGUGGACGGCACCUCUCUCUGCCAGAAACUGCACCUGUGUCUGGCGGCCGCUGCCUUUUGGGGGGAUCCGGGCAGAGCUUACAAACCCUGUGGGCAAGCCAUCUCCUCUUGCGUGCCAUGGCGCUGCUACAGGUCUGUCAGGCCAGGGGAUCCAUGGACAUGGACGAGGGUAGCCCAGUUUGUGUGCUCAUAGGUGAGCACCACAGUGCUUCCGACUUCGCCCUCCAGGGCACAAGUGUCGUGGCAUGUGUGAUCAGUCUGGUGGUGUCCACCUUAGUGGUCCAGGAGUACCAUCGCUGA